AAAGAUGCCAUAAAUGCAGCGGACGAGGCACGAUUGGCGGCUCUCGGCUAUAAGCAAGAGUUUAAGCGUGCAUUUUCCCCUCUUGAGGUUUUUAGGAUUGCGUUCUCGAUCAUCGGUCUGGUGCCCUCAAUAUCUUCAGUUCUUUUUUAUGCGAUUCCUAACGGAGGAGGGCCGGCCAUGGUUUGGGGGUGGGCCGUUGCAAGUAUCUUUAUCCUAUGUGUGGCUCUGGCGAUGGCCGAACUAGCCAGUUCCGCUCCUACCUCUGGGGGAUUGUACUAUUGGACCUACUCAUUCUCAUCACCCCGUUGGCGCAAUCUACUCUGCUGGAUAGUCGGAUACAUGAACACAAUUGGAUCUAUAGCCGGUGUAGCUUCGAUUAACUGGGGAUGCGCCGUUCAAGUCAUGGCUGCAGUCAAGAUUGGAUCUCAUAACCAAAGCUUUGAACCAACGAACGCCCUAGCUUUUGUGCGUUACCUUCCUAUAAGUCUCACUCACGUCUUAGGAUGCUGCCUGGGCACAACCGUUCUAGCAAGGCUGCAGUCGGUGUAUGUUACCCUGAACGUCCUGCUAUGCUUCGGGAUUAUUAUCGCCUUACCUAUCGUCACUCCGUCGGAAUUCAAGAACACCGCACACUUUGCGUUAGGCGAAUUUGUCAACCUCAACGGAUGGACAGAUGGCUUCGCAUUCAUACUGAGCUUUUUGGCACCACUCUGGACUAUUGGUUCAUUCGAUUCCAGCGUUCACAUAAGUGAGGAAGCCUCAAAUGCUACUACCGUCGUUCCUUGGGCAAUCGUAUUGGCGGUGGGCAUUGCCGGGGCGUUGGGCUGGGCAAUCAACAUGACUCUUGCUUUCUGUAUGGGGACCGACCUGCAGGCAAUAUAUAACAGUGCCCAGCCUAUGGCGCAGAUUCUGUUUAACGGGUUUGGGCAGAAAGGAACCCUGGGUAUCUGGGCGAUUAUUGUAUUAGUACAAUACAUGAUGGGUUCUAGUAUCCUUCUAGCUGCCAGCAGGCAGACAUACGCGUUUAGCAGAGAUCGAGCCCUUCCAUUCUCUAACUGGUUGUAUCGAAUGAAUAGCUACACGGAAACACCAGUUAACACUGUCAUUUUCGACGCCGGUUUCGCAAUAUUACUAGGACUACUAUCCUUUGCCGGAACGAACGCCAUCAACGCCGUAUUUUCCAUAUCCGUCAUUUCAUUGUACGUCGCAUACAGCAUCCCGAUCGCUGCCCGCUUUAUCGGAGAGAACGACUUCAAGCCUGGACCAUUUUGUCUUGGGAUUUUUAGCUUUCCGAUUGCGCUGAUAGCUGUCCUGUUCAUGACCUUCACGAGCAUAGUGUUCAUGUUUCCUACGACUCCUCAAACGACUGUUCAAGACAUGAACUACUCCGUAGUAGUGCUAGGAGGCGUGACGAUUUUCUCGUUGAUAUGGUACUACUUCCCAACGUAUGGUGGAGUUUACUGGUUCACGGGUCCCAUUCCUACGCUGGAUCCCAUGAGUCCGGCAUCAGAGGAUCUCAGCAAAAAGGAGCCAGCCAACAUAGUUGCAGAGCUAGUUGUAGAAUAAUUGAUAAUGGAUUGAAACACUACUUGCUUUCGCCUUCAUUAUCUUGUUCAACUUAGGACUUUAAGGAAUCAAGUAUUGGUUCCGACCAUUUCGCUAUGCCCUUGUUGCAAUUUCUGUUUUAGGUCGGAGAGGUUGAACAAAUAGUGGGUCUGUGAAUCAGUUUCCGAGUCGUGACUAGGCAUACUAUAGAAAGGUGUUCCUUGACUACUAUGCAUAGAUGAAUUUAAAACCCACAGACUAUUAGUAUA